CACGUUUUUAGCGAGCAGCAAUUUGGCGGGAGCUAGGCAAGACGGCGGGUAACGUUGAAAGGAUCGUCUAUUUAUUUCUAUGUGUAUGUAACAUGAUGUCUUACACAGCAGAUAUUGUCUGUGGUGAACCUGUAUACCAUGAACUUCAACCACCAACAGAAUCUAGGAAAAACAUCCACAAUAAAAUGAAUGCUUUUCAACAGAUAUAUUAUCCUACAGACAAUGUAUUCAUCUUUGAUUGCCAAUCUGAAUAUCAACAGUCUUUCUACCAAGAUUCUACCAAUCAUAGCAUGGGUUCUUCCUUCACAGAUUCUGACCCAACCUGUUCCCCACCAUCAUGGACAGGAGAUUCUUAUCUACACCACCAUAUUGAAUCAGAUGGUGACUCCCCAAGUAGUUCUCCAUCUUCCAUCAACACAGCUUUCAUCUAUGAUGAUUAUAACAACAACAACGACUACUUCUCAGAUAAACAUGGAUGCUUUCAGAAUUACAAAGACCCUACAACACCAGAUUUAGCAGAACUAUUGAAACCAGUGUCAGAUGGACAUGUAGAUGCACAAGAUUUACUUAAUUCAGUUGAACCGUUCCCACCAAAAAUAAUUGGUUGUACGUCAGUAAGUGAAGAAUGUGGUGCCGAUGUUCAUGGACACUGGUAUCCAUUUGAUCCAGAUAGCCUGCGAGAAGAAGAUACAGUAACUAAAGACUGUAAACAUUGGAUCAGUAACAAAACCACAUAUCACAAAGACACCAACAAAAAAGGUCAAAGAUCAGAAAGAUUAUGGGAGUUCAUUCGAGGGUUAUUACUCAAUCCAAAAUACAACCCUUCAUUGGCUGAAUGGGUUGACCGUAGAAACGGUCUUUUCAGAUUCAACCAAUCAAAGGCAGUGGCACUAUUAUGGGGUAACCGGAAGAACAAUCAUAAUAUGACAUAUGAAAAGUUGAGUCGAGCCAUGAGGUAUUAUUACAGUAGAAAGAUCUUGCUACCUGUUAUAGGAAAGAAACUGGUUUAUAAAUUUGGUCCCAAUUCUUACGGUUGGUAAAUUUACAGCCUGGUGGAGAUACUUUAAUUUUAUUAAUUUACCAACUAAUUAAUUAUUCGUAUACAUUUCAAGUCGAGAAAUUAAUGACCAAAAUUGAAAGAAAUUUAUUAGAAUAUUGGCUACAAUUUUACUUGCUAUUAUGAUGUAAGGCGCUGUGCUAACCAAAUGUUAAGUACAAUCAAUCCUAAACACUUCGGUGUACAAAUUCCAGUGGACUCAAGAAAUGACUUGAAGCCGGUGAUCGUCAUUUGCAUUUUGCUGACAUAUCUAAUUUCUUAAUGAUUAAUCAACGUUAAAUCAUACUCAAAUUGAUGAUUCGGUAUUUACAACAAACACAUUGUUGAUAAUCUCCUGGCUUUGAUUUGAUCCGAUUAAAAAGAGGUCAUGGGAUGAAGCCAUUAUUGGACUAAUUAUUCCUUUUAGCAUUUAGUUUGCAAGGAAUUUAAAAUAACUCAAAUGACGAUCAACGGCUUCAAAGGGUUCAAGUUAAAAUCAUGGGUAUAACAAUGAAAAUGGAAAUUUUUUAACUGGAAGUAGGGGGUUUUACGUCCACUUCCACCUUGGGUGAUAUCACAGAUAAGUGUUUCCUAAGAAACUUGCCGGAGAAGCCACAUAAAAGGCUUAGUCCAGUAUGUGAAGGAAACGUGAGACUGAUUAGUAAACCUAUUAGAUCUCAUUAAAUUGCCUUUUGCAGGGUAGCGUCCACGGUAAAAAAAAAUUCAUUCAAAGGAGAUGCUCCCGUUGUUUCGACCGUAACAUUUCUACGUUAAUCUUAGCAACGUUUUCAGUAAAGCCAAAUCAUAUAUAUCAAGGCUAAACAAAUUCUAGCCUUUAUAAAAACCACGAUUCUUAAUCCAUCCAAUAAACUAUCCCACCAAACUAAUUACCGUCCACGUUACAAAAACGUCCGAGUUAUAUUGGCAAAUUUAUAUCAUGAUGAUCAUUUCAAAUAUUUUACCACGGAACACAAGAUUCACUUUUCACAAUGUUCACACAUAAAACUAUCCCUAGUAACCUCCAAGUCAGUUUUUAAGACGACACACAUUUGAAACCAAAUGGAAGUAUAAAGUCGUCACCUGCUUCUGUAUCUCAGUUGUCCGUUCUUUCAAAACUACCAUAAUUUCUCUUAUAUCUCAAAAUUCGGAUAUUUUAGUCUCAAUUUCUGUUGAUUAAAGGUCUCAAUUUCUUACCAAGGAAAUAAAUGUAAUUAAUCUUUCAUUAUACCACAUAAAACUUAUCCAUUAUUAAAGUACCAACCUAUUUGAUUGGUGUAUAUUCAAAACUAUUAAACUCCUUUAAAAAUAAAAUCUACCAUCCUUAAAUUGAAAAUAUAAACAUUUGUAUCUCAGCAAUUACGUGACUAAUAUUUUUCAUACAACCGAUAUAAGUAUGCUCAAAUUACUUCCAAUAGAACUUUAUUUUUUGUCAUUGCUCACCGAAGACUUCUAAAGAAUACCUUUUCAUAUCAUCUUUUAAAACACGCCAGUUAGAUAAUUCUAGAAUCAGCUUUGGUAGUUUAUUGUCACAUGAGGAAAAUCUCUUCAGGAAUGAAUAAAUUUAAUGAGAUUGCAAAUAUCCUCUUUUCUUUCAGUACAAAGCUUGUAAUAUUGAUACAAGGAAAAAAAGUUUUUUACAUAAUUUUAAACAGCCUCGAAUUUUAAUUGAAUCAUAAUGUAUUUUCAUAGAGGACAUAGAACUAAUCUCUUUACAGACCCGUUUCAAUUAAACGCGGUAGCACUUAAGACAAAAUACACAAACUUAAAUGCUAAGCUCACUACACGUAGUCGCACACUGCAUGGCAUUUGGCAGUAGUAAAUGUCUAAGCUUUGUUUGCCCUUUUACAACAAGGCAGUUUUUAUAUAACGCCUUUUAAAUAAUACUGUGGAUUCUCUUUUUUUCUGCGGACAAACGUUGAUAUGCCUCUGCGUUGCCAUAAAUAAAAAUAAUUGAAUAUUUAAUCGAAGUUAGAGAGAUUAAGAUCGACACUUUGUUUCAAUUCCAAAUAAAUUUGAAAGAAUGUAAAAGAGAGGCAUAUUAUCUAAUUUCAGUUUUUAGAAAUUAUAUAUUUUACCAGUUUGUAUUUACGUGUAUUGACUCCCGUUCGAAACAACGAAUGUCGUCUGAACAAAAUAGCCCACAUUUGUAUAUAAUUUUAAUUGGGACAUUGAGAUUUGGUGUGGGGGGUGGGGGGAUUAACCUCCACGUUGUAUUUGAGAAAUACAGAAUGCAUUGUUAAAUGGUGAACUGGGACAUCAUUUCCUAUAAUAUGCGAACAACCAGACAGUUAUACACACAAUGGGUAUUUUGUCCAAACCAUAUACGUUUUUGUCGAACCGGAAACAAUAUAUGCCCGAAUGAUCAGAGCUAAAUUUAUUGUAGAAUGUUUUAUAUUAUUUAUCACUAUUUAUGUUAUUUAAUGUGGUCGAACUAGUGUCUUAAAAUGGCUAGACCUCAGUGAUUUGAGCCAAACAUGUGGACUUGUUUUUUGUACAUGAAAAUCUGUGUUUGUUGAAGAUUUUACACCAAUAGAUAAAGCCAUAACCAUUUUGCUGUUCCACUACCAGUAAAACACAAUUAAACCUAAAUUAGUAAACGAACCUAAUCUCGCUUCAUCUUUCGAAACAAAAUUGUAAUCGUACAGACCUUGCGCCGCCACAAUUCAAAACAACAAACGAGACUAUGCAAAUCAAGUACUUUAAUUUGACCUAAAGCAAUGAGGUUUAGCUCCUUUAAUAUUACUGUUGGUAGUCUUAAUGUUUAUUGUUUUAAUUGUAUAUAUUAUUAUUUACAUAGUAAGCGUUUUGAAUAGAACAUUCAUUAUAUUAAAACAUAAUUAUACCCAUUUUAUUCUAUUUUUUAAAAAAAUAUGGUAUACAUAACUGCAUUUCGAUCGACUCAAAGAAUCCAAUUUAUUCAAAAUUAUGCCUUUGUUUAUGGCACUGUGUCCCUUAUUGUGUUCAAUAUUAUUGAUUGAUCGAAAAUACAGUAUGAGACUUCAAUGAACGGUAACAAUAUUUGGAAUACAUUUUGCGUGAUAAAUUAAAUACAUCAAGACCAUUUACAGGCCACCAUUUAAGCCUACAGGUAAAAUCUAUUUGUUUACCGUUUGUUUUGUUGUUUUUUUUUGUGUGUAUUUAGAUUAUCAGUUGUUUUUAUUUUGUUAAGUUUGUUAAAGUUUCUGAUCGUCCUUUAAAUAUAUUUAAAUUUGUUUCUUAGUCCAAAGAUGGUUCAGUGACAUUUACAAAGGUAUGAUGAAUAGAAAAUUUUAUCAACAAACGGGAUGUGAUCAAAAUAAGGCAGCGCCAAUGAUAAUCAUAACUGAUUUUUUUGUCUUUUUAUUCCCAUAGAAUCAAAACUUAGGGAGUAUAAAGCGAUAAUCUGUUGAUUUUGGUUUUUUAUUUGAAUGUUAAAAAUUUGAGUUCACUUUGGCGUUUUUCUGCCGUGAAAAGUUAGAUAUUGUCCGAGAAAUACAGAUGAUGACCAGCGACUUUAAAUAUUGUCUCAGCAUUAAUUAUUAUUUUUUAUAGUAUAUGAAUAGUAAAUCGAUGUUACCUUUAAGACUAACAUUAAUAAUAUUAUAAAUAUUUGUUUAUAUAUAUAAUGUUAUGGUUUAGAUAUAUUUUAUUGUUAAUAAAAAAUUUUGAUAAAUAAUUUUUAGAGUAUGUUAUAAUCGAAAUGAAUUUUAUUGUUAAUAAUAAUUUUGAUAAAUAAAUUUCUAUACGGCGUGAUCUAAUCUAAAUUAAUUUUAUUAUUAAUUAUUAUGACUUUUAUUGUUAUAAUAAUAUGAUGAUACUUAAUGGAAAUUAUUGUUAUUUUGUAUUGUUAUUUUAUUUUUCUAUAAUCUAUAUUUUUUUACGCCAAUAACAUUUAUAAAACACUGUUAUUAUCAUUAUCACCCGAUCGUAAUUUUAUAUUAUUCAAAAAUCAUUGGACAAAAAGAAAUGAAACGAAAUGAAAUGAAUUCGAAUAACGAGAAAUGUGAUCUCAGCGCAUCUGGUGGGGUUUGAAUCACAGUCCCUUGGGCCCAGCAACUGGAACCCAUAACAAACCUUUAUAUGGAAUGCAAUCACUGAUUGUUGGUAUUAAUAGAGGCUACGUUUCGACAAAUAUUAUCUUGUCGUUUUCAAUAAUUUGUACUUGAAAACGGUAAGAAAAUACUUGUCAAACGACGUGCUAUAGGCUAUGAAUAACAACCAGUGAUUGUUUUUCAUAUAAUUGUCUGUUGUGUUCAGUUAAUAAAUGCCACUUUAGGAUUAUACAAAUAAAAACCGAUCUGGAAAUUAAUGCCCCGAUUCUAACUGGGCCGAUUUAAAAAAAAAAAAAAGAACUUUAUAAGAUGGUAUUGUCGGUAAUGUAAUUAAUCGGCAAUUUUUCUUUCGUUUUUCUUUUCAGAUUCUUUUUGAUGUGUUUCUGUCUUUUUUCUUCUUUGUUUAAUUUAUUUGGUUAUGUAUGUUGGUUUGAAUUCUUCUUUGUUUUUCUCCCCCGUCUCCUAUUUUCCCCCUUUGUUAUGGGGAUGUGUGGUGGAAUGUUUUGUUAAUUGUUUUACGAUUCGACCACUUGCUAUAUGCAAUGCCACGCAA